AUGAUCGCAAGUGGCUUGGGUGGGUUUGUGACGGCCGUUAACAAGACUGGAGGAGCCUUCAAUCAACUGAAGGAGUUAGUGGAAAAGUCAAAUGAGUUGUUACUGAGACACGCCUCCAAUCUUGACAGCAUCUUUGACAGCUACGACAUUGAUAAGUAUACAUGUCUGCACGCAGGCAUCUUGCGGGCAAAAUACCUGUCACAACUGUCACUAGACAGAGAAGUUCUGAUACUUCAAACGCAAUCCUUUUUCGAGCAAUGCUCGGUUGAUGAUGCAAGAAAGAUGUCCCAAUAUGUCCGAACUAUAUCGCAGGAGUUUACAAAUCGCUUGAUCGCAUGGAAUGUGGCAUUUAGAGGGAUCGAGUCUCUAAUGAUUGGAAUAAAAAAGCUCCAGCGGUCCCCUUCACAGUUAACUUCUCUCCACAGCGACGUUUGCCAGCUGGCAUUAUCUGCCAGACUAUUUUCCCCUGUAUUGCCGCUUCUAAAUGUUGAUAUUUUAGAGAUCGAGAAGAAUGUGGGUAAACGUAGUUUCAAUUCUUUACUACACCGACAGUACUCUUUUGUAGAUCAAAAAGAUUAUCUUCUUUAUUUUUAUUAUGGUGGAAUGAUUUAUGGCGCUCUAAAAAACUGGGAACGUGCCUUACACUUUUUUGAGUUAUGUCUCAUUAUACCAUCGUUUUCCGUCAGCUGCAUUCUUGUGGAGGCAGCUAAAAAAGUAAUCUUAACUUCGCUCAUCUACAAUGGAAAAUUCACAACUGUCUUGAAAGUUCCAACGCAGUUUGUAUCACCAAGACCAUGGAAGCGCUACUGUCAACCGUACAUGGCGUUGGCCACGGCCUUUCAGGAUCCUAAUCCAGAGGCUCUCGAAACGGUGAUUGAGACCCAUCGUAACACAUUUGUCGCGGAUCACAAUUAUGGAUUGGUGAAGCAAGUGGCGAAAAGUUACGUGAAAUUUCGAAUCCACAGUCUGACCAAAACCUUUAUGACUAUGUCACUGGCCGAUGUGGCAAGUCGCGUAAAGCUGGCAAAUGCACAAGAAGCGGAAAAAUAUCUUCUGGAAAUGAUCGAAUCUAAGGCAAUAUUCGCCAGGAUUGAUCAACGCAAUGGAACUGUGUACUUCCAGGAUGAUCCCGAACGUUACAAUUCGAUGGAGAUGUUCAUGACAUUGCAGAAAAAAAUUGAAGAGUGUGUGGCGCUGGAAAAGUAUUUGAUGAACAUUUCGGACGAAUUGACGGAAAAUCCGAAAUAUGUAAAGCGAAUGCUCGAGCUUGAGAGUCGCACAGCAAAGCCAUCUGGUCAUUACUGACUUGCUUGUAUCAUUACCAAGACUAACAAAACGCAACAUCGACCCUGCAGCCCAAGGUCUUCACCCUUCAAUGUUCAGUGCAACGCAAAUAAAAUUCAUACUAAAUUGUCUGCAGUAUUUGAUUACGAGCGGGAUGGGGUUGUACAGAGG